CCCCCGGUCAGCGGGCGGUACUGGGCGGAGGGCGUGUCCCACCUCUAUGCGUCCUGGAUGUACCAGCUUCAGCAUGGCGGCCGGGUGAGGAUGUGCUUCGCCUGCUUCAGGACUGCCUUUCAGGAGCUUCGAGCGUUCCUGGAGUCCGAAGACUGGGAAGAUGAAGACUGGGACCCCGAGCUGAUGGACUACACGGAGGAGGGGUCUGAGCAGGAGUCGCCCCUGGGGCCGGGCCAGGGGCAGCCCGCCCUGGCCGCAGGGCCCGUGGAGUCCGAAGGGGUGGGCCUGCACCACCACUUUGUGCCCACGGAGCUGGAGCCUCAGGACGGCCCCCUGGGCCUGGGCGCCGAGGCAGCCGACUGGACUCAGGGCCUUCCCUGGCUUUUGGGGAGGCUUCCGGUCUGCUCGCACUGGCCCAGCCCGUCUCCUCCGAGGCAGGGGUUCUUCAAGGCGGACCUGCCCCCGGGGGAGCCCAUGGUGUUGAAGCUGGGCACCACCCAGGCCAUGGACCCCGCCGAGGCCAGGGCCUGGUUGCUGGACCUGCAGGUCCUGUACAUAGUGGGCUGCUAUGACGCCGUCUACCUGCGGAAGAUGAAGGCGGCGUGGGCCCUGCAGACCCCAGGCCAGUGCUGGGAGCUGCUGCUGGAGCCGGAUGAAGUGUGGGUGGUGCAGUACCAAGACGCCCCCCAGAAGCAAGAGCUGCACCGGUGGAAGCUGAGCGUUCUGGAAUCCUCCCCUUCAGGGGAGGAUGAAGAGCUGGUCCCUGCGGACUCAGCCCUGCUCAAGAGGGGGUUCACCGUUCUCUCCUAUUUACCCAGGGCCGUGAGGGAGGCAGAGGAGGGGGCCUCAGCCUCUAGGCCACAGUCCUGGCCCCUGGGGUGGGAUCCCAUUGGCGGCGGCGGCAGCAGCGGCGGCGGGCUCUGGGGGCCUGGGGAGGGCCUGGCUGUCGUGGGAGCCUCUGCCCUGGGGGAGCUGCCACGCUUCCAGCCCCUCGGCCCAGGGCCCCAGAACUGAGGGACCGAGGCCCCGGGUGGUCACCAUUGUCCUGGCUUCCCCAGGACACUGGAGGCUGGGCAGGCCUGGCCGCCGCCUCGCCGCAACAACCGGGGUGGCACCUGGCGAGGGAUGGGGACUUGGGCCUGUGGGGGAAGAAUGGUGAGUGGUCUGGGCGCUGAGAAAUGGGACCCGCCACAGCAUCAGGUAGAAGGGUCCAAACCCCUGUAACAGAAGUUUUCUGUCCGAUGUCACGGAAUCAGGAAAUUGAGGUUAUUCAGGAUGUGCUGUGGAACAUGUGAAAGGCAGGAGUGAUGCAGAUCUGUGCACCUGGCCGGGGUGGAGGGGACAUCUUAAGUGUGACACAGCUGCAGGGACACGCUGGGGUCUGAGUGCUUGCCUCUACCCAGGGGCCUCUGGGCUCCUCUGGGCCCCAUUAUCAGCACUGGGGGCUCUGCAGCAGGAAAGACCUUGUUUCAAACAUUUCCUACUUUAUGCAGUUUGGCUGUUUAGUUCCCGUUUAUUUGUGUGUCAUUUUUAACAAAAUAAAGUCAGAGAGUUUUGCACCAAGCUGUUGCCCGGAGCUCUUCCUCAGAAAGUCCUUGUUGGUUCACCUGUCGUCUGCCCUCAGGGACCGAUCAAUCCUGGCCACCCCUGCUGAGCCCUCGGAGUUGACCAGGAUGACUGAGAAAAUCUAUAGCUUCCCAGUGAGUGAUGGUUAGGAAGCCUGAGGGUGACCCUGUCUGGGUCUUUCCUAUUUUAUUUCUUAGGAAGGACAGAGGCUGGGGCCAGAGAAAGUCUUUCUGGAAGAGUAGAAGCCCUGGUGGGCAGUGUCUGUUUUCCCGCCUACCUCCAGAUACUCCCAGAACCAAAUGAAUGUUCAGUCAAAGUCCCAGGCUUGGUUUAUGGAACUUUGGACCCAGCACGCACAUACACAUGCCCGUUGACACUAACUCACACCAAUGAUCUACAUGACACGGGCCCGCGCCACGCAGACCUUUGGGUGAAUAGGAUGUUGGUAAAUUGCCAUGUCAACACUUCACAUUUGUGCGAUGACUCUUCUGUGAUUGGUGCGGGGCGCAGUCAAUCACUGAAGAUUUAAUGAGCCCUGCUGUGUGCCACAUGCACCCUGUUCCAGGCACAAGGGUCACAGAACAGAUGGAGAGUUCCCCGCGGGGGAGUUUCCAGUCCUCGGAGGAGCAGGGUGAUGAAAAAUGGGGCUGAGGAUGGAGAAGGUGGUGAGGGAGGAACCUCAGCUGUGCCCAGGGGGGCACCGUCCAGAGAGCCGGUCCUUCCAGCCCACCCCUCCUUGUCUCACUUGCUUUGCGCACCUGCUGACCUCUGUCGCCUCUGUCCUUCCAAGGGACCUGGACACUGCAGGGCGGAAGCCUAUCCACGUGCUCUGCCGCGUCUCAGCAGAGGUUUGUGGGACCAGUCUCUCUUCUCAUCCUCUGGUCAUCAUGCACUUAUAGACUGUCCUUUUAUUUUUUAAUUUUUUUAAUUUUAAUUUUAAUUUUUUGUUUUUUUAGGG